GGAAGAGGAGGAGAAGGAGGAGGUGGGAUGGGGCCCCGGCCCGCGAGUUCCCGCAGGGACCCCGGGCCAUGAGAGGCAGGGCCUCGGCAGGGGGCGCCACACCUGCGAGGGAGCGGGCUUAGCUCACUGCUAUGGACAACGCAAUCACCUUGUGGCAGUUCCUUUUGCAACUCCUUCAGGAGUCUCAAAACAAGGAUGUUAUUUGUUGGACCUCCAACGACGGAGAAUUCAAACUUCUGCAGGCAGAGGAGGUGGCUCGCCUCUGGGGGAUCCGUAAGAACAAGCCCAGUAUGAACUACGAUAAACUCAGUCGUGCUCUCAGAUAUUAUUACGUGAAGAAUAUCAUUAAGAAAGUGAAUGGUCAAAAAUUUGUUUACAAGUUUGUGUCCUAUCCAGAAAUUUUGAAUAUGGAUCCACUAGCAGUUGGCAGGAUUGAGGGUGAUGCUGAAGCACAGGCAGGCAUUGUAGAUACUAACAACACUACCAAGGAAACUGAGAACUGUGGGAAGGAGAAGCCUCAAUCCUGCGCAAAAUCCUCUAGUCGCAAUGACUAUAUUCACUCAGGCUUAUAUUCUUCAUUUACUUUGAACUCCCUUAAUUCCUCUUCUUGUGUAAAACUCUUUAAGCCAAUCAAGAUGGAGAAUCCAACUGAAAAAGUGGCAGAGAAGAAAAUAAUUCAGGAGUCUACACCUUCAGUCAUAAAAUUUGUGACCAUGUGCUCCAAAAAGCUUUCACCAUCACCCCUUGCCUCUACUACUCAAUCAACAUCUAUUAUAUCAGCUGUCCCUACCCUGCCUUCUAGCUCAGAUGAAAGUCUCCAGGCCGUGGAGUCUAUAGUAACACCAAAAAUGGUGGCCACUGAAACCUCAACAUCUUUGCCAAGUUUGACUAUCAAUUUCACCCCAACGCCUCCUUCAGCUUCCGUUUCCCCUGCUCUCCAGGUUUCUCCCAGAUCUCCUUUGCCACCUUUAGAUUCUAAUCCUGAUCUGAUUAUAGAUAAGGAGUCUGACACUUGCCAGCAGCUGGAAAAAUCUCAGGAUCAAAUCUUGGAGUUUAAAGAACAGAGUACCUUCAUGGCAGAAAAGGAACUUCGUCUUAGCCGAACUAGGAAGCCAAAAGGACUGGAGAUUGCCCCCACUCUUGUUGUUACUGGCAGUGACCCAAGCCCUUUGGGAAUACUAAGUCCUUCUCUCCCUACUGCUUCUCUUACACCAGCACUUUUUUCACAGACACCUAUUUUACUGACUCCAAGCCCCCUGCUCUCCAGUAUCCAUUUCUGGAGCACUCUCAGCCCAUUUGCUCCUCUCAGUCCAGCAAGAUUACAAGGUGCUAACACCCUUUUCCAGUUUCCAUCGGUGCUGAAUACUCAUGGACCAUUUACUUUGUCAGGAAUGGAUGGGCCCUCCACUCCUGGGCCUUUCUCUCCAGAUUUACAGAAAACAUAGUGCAUGGCUUUCUCGAAAGAGGACACAUUGGAAAAUGAGAGGAAGAUUCAUUAAAAUGAUGCAAUCCAAGGAGUGAUUGGUAAUUCCACAGGAACAAUAUAUACUGACUUGAUUUUGCCAUUCCCAGUUUAAAUGCCUUUGCAGAUAUUCCCUUCAAGACAUAAGGGAAUUAAUAUGGAAAUGCCUUAAUUGGUGACUCUGCUCUGUUAUCUCUUUUCUCGCUUGCUUCUUUUUGGUUUAAUAAGUUUUUUCUUGGUAAAGGGAACCUAAUUUUGUAUGGAUACAUUGAUUGCAUUUGUAGUAGCUGAUAUCACAGUCACAGAUAGCCACCCUCUUGUUGGAUAAUCCUGUGCUCCUUCUCUGUUUCUGUAUAUUAUAUUAUUGGAAGUUUGAUUCCAAAAAACAGCUGGAAAGCUUUAAGAUUGUUUUUAAUAUUAUUAAUUUCUGUACUGCUGAUACAGGAAUGUAAUGUAUGGCUUUGUAAGGAGAAACUCUACAAGUGCAUGUUGAUGGUAUACAAGAGAUUUAAACAAACUACUAGAGAUGAUAAAUGUAGAUAAAGAAGUUGUAUUGACAUAUCAUAGAAAACAUCAUUUUAUCGUCUAGCAGGGGGAUGGGACCCAUGCUGCCUUCCACUCUGGCAGCUCCCAGCAUUCUUCCUUUGGAUAAACUGAUUUAGGGCUCUUGGGAAUUGUAGUUCAACAUUUGGAGGUCUACAUAAUUUCUGCACUCUUACCCUUCAGCUGUAUGCUGUUGAAUGAUUCAAAGGUGCAUAGAUCAUGGAUUGAACAUGCUUGAUCUUCAAAUACUGUUUGAAUUCUUCAAGUGAGGUAUUACUUGGUAGCAAAGAAAAGGGAAAAGAACAUGGUAAAAUUAGCAAAUCAGAUAGACAAGCGAACUGUGCAGUAGGUGUGCUAUCUCAUCAGGUUAAUUGUAAAUGUUGUGUUACCUUCCUGCUUGAAAAUACUUCCUCAGCCUAAAGAAAUAAGGCAUCUAAAAAAAGUAAUCACUUCUCUUGGCCCCACCUUUGUGCGAUAUAUUUUGUGUUUAAGUCUGAGUAAUAGCUGGACUAAACAUUUUGGGUGCAUAGAUGCUCCUGCUGCUAAAAAUAUUGUAUCAUUAUUAGAAACUUUCCUGUUGAUGAUGAUGGCAUGGUGAGAGUGGUAUAAUGUGAUAAUAAUUUGAAGGGAGCUAAAGGUAGUGUUUAACUUUCUGGCGAGACAGUAGUUCAGCCCUCCAUUCCAAAAGUACUAUCUUCAGAAUGGCAUAAUAUGUCGUUAUUCCUUGUUAUCUGGAGACAACAUUCUGUUGACUUGCGGGUUCUGAAAUCUUGCUUUUAUGACCCAUAUUGGAAAGUGUGAACUGUUUCCACCCAGAAUAGUUUUUAUAGUUGUAGCCCUGUAAGUCUCUUGCAGCAUAAAAAGGAGGAAAGAAAAGAGAGAAUUAAAAGACAAAAUAUGGUAGCACUUUUAAGACUAUUUUUACAUAAGCUUUCAUGGGUAUUAACCCACUUUUUCAGAUUCAAUACCCAGAAUUAGAUGUCUAUACUAGUAGUAGUUUUGCUAUAAAGAGAUGCAUAAAGAGUUAAGAGUAUUUCUGCAUAAAUGUUAACAUGCAGAUCCUGGGUUGGCAGGUGCCAAGUUCCUAAGUCUAAUUUCUGAAAGCACCUUAAAUUGUGUAGUUCUAGGAACUAUUUAUUAGAAAUUGUGUCCCAGAAAUGGUGUCUGAUAAUAUUUCAAUGAUCAGGUCAUGUCGCUCAGGAGUGGAAGGUAUGGCAUUGGGAAGUCUUGGUUGUCUUCUGUCAGAACUACAUUUGAAUUCCCAUCAUAGUCACAGUGGUUACUAUUAGUAGAUUCUUAGGGAGCAAAGAUGAUUAAAAUGUAGCAUCCAUUUGCACCAAUAUCUCUGGUGCAAGGCUGAAAUGAUUGGACUGGAGGGAAGCUUGUAGUUCUAUUGUGUGUGCAUUGAGUCAUCCAAGAUUGGGCCUAUGUGAAUGUCUUCAACUAUCCCCCAAUAAUGGGCUACUUGUAUGUUAUCAUAAAGGAAUUUGUUCAGAUUUAAAUUCAUUCCAAUCUCUGUUCAGGCAGUUGCCUCUACAUAUGAAGGGCUAAAAGGGUGCUGCAGACAUGGACAUAAACAUUUGUCGUACCCUGCAUCCAGCAGUAUUUGUUGUACCCUGCAUCCAGCAGUAUCAGAGGCCAUACAGAGGACUGAAGAGGGUUUUGUAACCACAUUGGACUGACAACUAUUACAGAGUUCUCUUGAUUGGGGGCCCUGAUAAGGCAGCUUUCCUAAUCAUAGGAGUUCUAUAACACAGCAGCUCUGAAUGCUGUUAUUAAGCCCUCUUCAGAUCCUCAGGCACUCUUCUCAGGCACCCAUUUGAGUUGUUUGUAAUUUUAUAUACGGAGUGCCAUUUUAACAUGAUGGGAUUUGAUCCACAUCCACACAUUUUGAUAUCCAUGAGGAAGUUCUGGUACUAAACUCUAGUGGAUACCAAGGAACCAUUAUAUUUGGUUGCCCUCCCAAACACAGUAAUAAUAAAAUUCUGAUGAGAGGGAAAGAGUACAGCUUUGAGCAUCCCUUAUCUGGAAUUAGAAAUUACCAGAACCAUCCAUGUAGAGUCUGAGACUGUGACACCUUUGCUUUGUGACGGUUCUUUGUACACAACCUUUGUUUUUGGUGCCAAAUUGUUUAAAAUAUUGUAUGAAAUCACCAUUGGGCAAUUUGUAGGAUGUAUAUCAAAUAUAAAUGAAUUUCGUUUAUAGACUUGAUUGCCAUCUGCAAGAUCUCAGUAUGUACAUGUAAUAUGUAAGCAUAUUCCAAAUUCUGGGGGGAAAACUAAAAUCCAAAGCACUUCUGGUCCCAAGCAUUUUGGAUAAGAGAUAUUCAUCUAAUUCAUCAGCCCCCCAAAAGACAGUAGACAUAGAGCGGACCUUUACUGAGACACUUGCCAGGGUUGUUGUGUGUUUUCCGGGCUGUAUGGCCAUGUUCCAGAAGUACCCUCUCCUAAUGUUUUGCCCACAUUUAUGUCAGGCAUCCUCAGAGGUUGUCUGACAACACACAACAAUCCUGUGAUUGCUACCAUGAAAGCCUUUGGCAACACACUGCUCAGAGCUAUUAUUUUGCCAGACUUCCCUUCAUCUUGGAAAGUUACAUGGGACAUCUGUUAGGUUCUGAUUUGUGUGUGCUGUCUAUUGAUUCUAGUAGGCUGAGGAGAGUUCUUUUCUAGACAAGAUGAGAGAACAAGUAGCUAAUUCAAGGACUGUUUGCAGCCCUCAAUGUAUUUGUGCAACCCUCCCCAAAUUGCCCCAUUCAAAACAAUCAAUAAAAGGGAAUGAAUGCUCCUUAAAGCCUUUGCAAAUAGUAAUUCCCUUCUGAUGUCAGGGUUAUGUUUGGAUAUGAGAUGAAAUUUUCUGCAUUUUUAAAAUUCAUUUUUUUGGCAGUUGGAUUCCUGGAAAUUUCUGUUUUGGGGAACAUUCAGCCCAUGACAUGGUCUCUUCAGAGUGGGGGGGGGGGGGAUUUGCCACUGGAAGGCUUGUAAGAGUUGUUCUUCCCUAAAAAUGGAAUUUGAAAGGCAUAUGCUUCUUGCACCAAAAUUGAAUGUGCAAUAUUUUAUAGGUUCUUUUCAAUUAAAAAAUGUACAGAAAAACAGCUGAAAAGAAUAGAUGAGGAUAUGCAUCCUGCAUUCUUGCUUUUGCAGUGAUUUUUAUGCUGUUUCUAUUGGACAAGUAAUAGCACUUUUUAGGACUAGUUAUUUUAAACAAGGCUGGCUGUAUAUAUUGAGUAGGAGAGUUUUCAGGUGUGGUUCUUGCUUUAAAUUCUUUUUGAGCAGUAAAAGAAUGGCUUUUUAAACUGUUAGCUUGUUUUUCAAUAUAGUUUUCAAUCUUUGUCUUUGCUUCUUAGAGAUAUGAGCCAUUUGAGAGUUUAUAACAGAUGGUCAUCGAUCUCUUGAUGGAUUAUUUCCAUUACGGGAAUCAAAAUUUAGGCUAAUGCAUUUGGUUCUGAAAAUUGCCGUCUUUGUUCAAAUGCACAUCUGAAAGUAAAGGAUUCUAAAAAAAAAUCUUAUAAAGGCAGAAGUUAUUGCCUAGAAAGGCAGCUUGUUCUUUUCUGGCUGUUGGCCCACUCUCCUCUUCCUUCAUUGUCAUUGUGAUUUUUGUGCCAUUGCACCCUUCACCUAAACAACCUUUCAAGUUUUUUUGCCUGUACUCCACUUGAGUAAAUGAUUCCUUCCAGGACCCCAUCCCCCCAAUAAGGAAAUAUCUGUUCCAAAAAUAUAUUUUCAGAUUGUGAUUCAACUGGAUACAAGUAAGGAAAGAACUUACUACUCUCAUGCAUGUUUUCCUUUGCACAACACAACUUAUCUGUAAUUACCCAUAUUUUCGAUUAUGAUUGAUGUCAUGAAUGUCUGAUGCUUUCUUUUUGUUUGUAGUUUGCUGACAACAGAAUCACUCUGGAGUAUUAUUGAGUUUUCUUUAGUAGUUAAUAAUAUUUUAGUUCUAUUCCUAGUUUUCUAAUAGAGAAAGGAGCAAUGCUUAUAGUCUAACAAGUUGGCAGUAAUGGUGCCAUCCUAGUGUGUAAUGGGUUUUAUUUCAGCGUUUAGAAUUGAUGAUCUUUAUAAUUCAUCUAUCCACUUCGAUCACAUUGUUAUUGUAUUUUACAUAAUGAUAUAUAACAGACAUUUUGCCAUUAAAAAGGAAAAUAUUAAGGGAUGCUCGAUCAACUAAAAAUUAUAUUUCAAGAUUGUAGAUUUCGUAGGAAGGAUUGGUUUUUUCCCCUUUCUUUCAUUAUUUUGCCCACUGAGAAAUGACAAAUUUUCUUCUUCUAAAGACCAUUGGAAUGUAGUAUUAAUCUGAAUUUCCCAUUUUUGUAUAAUGACAAAUGCUAUUAUAAUUAAACCAGAAUGUAAACAGUAAGGGAAGGAGGGAGCAAAUGAGAAUACAGCAUCUGACCUAAUUCAGUAUCUGCUUUGUUGUAUUAAUGUGUUCUUCUUUUAACUCGGGGCUGGGCAAACCCUGCAGUUAACAUACAGGAAUAACUCAGGAUCAGUUAUGUAAAACACACUUGGCAUAUUUGCUCAGCUCUUGUGUUUGAGUACAUCUUAUUCUGGGAAAAGAGUGUGGUGGGAUAAAGAAUGCAGUUCUUGUUAUACAUACAUACAUACAUAUAUAUAUAUAUAUAUAUAUAUAUAUAUAUAUAUAUACACACACACACACACACACUCACGCAUGCACACACGCUCACACACACUGUAUGUUUACUCAGACAUGCUAUUGAUCCCAGUGUGACUUGUUUCACUGUAAGUUUGUGUAACACCACAGUCAUGGAAAAGUAAAAGGAGAGGAUGCUGGUCAAUUUAAAGGGCAUCUUUCAAAGCUUAUGUCUUCGUAAAAGGUUUUCUUUUACUAUCCCUUUUCAAAUGGCAGUAAGCAUGGCCUCAUCUAGAUGAUGGCUUGGUGUAUAAUUCAGCAUUAUUUAUUUUCUUCUUCUUUUGAACCAAUGGUUUCCCUGUUGUUUCAGGAAUAUGGGUUUUUUCCCCAUUUUUUUCCAGUCAGUUCCAUCAUGAAUGUUUUUGUUCUGUUUUCUUGGUGACUUCUUUUUCAUUACUUAUGUCAGUGAGCACAAUGUGACACGGACCAUUGCAUUACCAACUGUCCACUGAUCUGUCUUCCAUGCUUUCUGUCUUGUUUAGUUCUUGAUUGGGUGGAAGGGGAAACAAGCAAUAUCAGUCUUAGUUGUCCUUUUAUGUUCCUCAUCAUCACUAUUGUGCUGUUUCAUUAUAGGAAAUCUAGCUAGUGAGCACAUUCACUCAAUAGAGCAUAAUAAAAGUUGCUAGUCCCAUCAUCUUUGAGAAAUUAAGUAUGAAUGAGGAUGAAUUUGGAGGAAGAUAAGUAUGCCAACUAUAGAAUAUAUUUUCCUCAUUAUCCAAACAAUCCCAUGCUGAGAGUACCUGUCUUUAUAACUGCACAUUUCAAGUUGCCUUGCUAAGACUAUUUGUGUCAAAAGAAGUUCUGGUUACAAAAUGCGUAACUAUUGAAAUUGCUAUUGUCAUUGCUAUUAUUUUCAAACUAUAGAAAAAGCUGACUAAAAUGUAAAUAGUUCCUCUGUCAUAAUUAUGUAGGCAUAAUUUGACUCAUAUAGAGAACUGUCAAGCAAGAGCCUUUAUGAGAUUCCAAUUGAUAUCUUGAGUUUUUUUGAAGGCCACUUUGGAUCAUUUUUUGAAAUCAGUUACACCAGCGUUGAGAGCUUUGCUGCUGUUUGCAAAAUUUGGAAGUAAAACACUCUUUAUAAUGAAAUAACAAAUUCCAUGAAUCUCCAUUUUUCCCCAGCACUCAUCCUGCCUUCCCCCGGUAUAGAAUAGUACUAAUAAAAUGGAGGAGGCUAAAGUGGCACAAGAGGCAAUAUACCAUAAUAUAAAGUACCCAUAUGAGCAUCUAGAUUGUGUAUUUAUUAUAUAUACAUUAAAUGUACUGCACUUUGUAACUGCAGCUUUUAAAGUAUCUUGCACUUUCAGGAUUUCUAGGUCUAUUUGUUAUGCUACACUUUGUCUGUCUGUUGUAAUAUAAAUUCAAAACUAUAUGACAUUAUGUGAUUUUCUCCCAAAGUGUCUUAAACUCACCUGGGAAUUGUUCAUGUGUGAUAUUCUCAAUUCAGUUGUGCAUAUCAUUUAAUAAUCCAAAUGUCUCAAAUUAUUUUUAUUACUCCAUGAUAUAAGCCAGGUUGGGGAACCUUUGGCCCAGAAGCUGAAAUGUUCCCCAUCCCCAAGCGAUGGUUUACUUGACUAACAUUCGAGUUUGAAAAGAAAGACAUCUCUUCAGUUUUCUUUUUUGUGAUCCUUGGUAGUAGCACUUAAUAUGAAUGAAUAAACUUGUCUUUAAUUGAAUUGUUGUCAAAUCUGAAUUUGAUAAAACAUUUAUUUUCAAAUCUUUUAUAUACAAUGGUUAGCUCAAAAGCAGCCCCUUCUCUACACAUUGAUCUUAUCCCCCUUUCGAAGACAUCUCAGACACUGAACAUAUUGUAGCUGUGAAUUUCAUUAAAAAGAAGACUAGAUUAAUAAUUGGAAAUGUCUAUUUUUAAUCUCUUUUCACAUCUGGAUGAUCUUUAUAAGAUAGUCAUUCUUGUGGUUGACAUAAUAAUAGAGCAAAGGAUGAUGAGGUGAAUACUUGGGGUUUCUAGGAGACCUUUUGAGCUGUGCAAUUUCUUUGGUAAUAUGUUUUGAAACUCUUCGUAACAUCACCGACUUUCAUUCUUUCUGUUCAGUUGCACCAACUUCUAAAUGCUAAGUGUUCAAGGAUGUCUUUUCAUGAAUACUUUGUAAACGCAUUUGAAAAUAUGUUAUCCUAAAUAAUUUGUAAAAAUUCAUUUGUAUUUUUAUUGCAGUGUUACCAGAUGGCCUUAUGUACAUCACAGUGCUUGUGAUAAGUACAGUAGCAAACUUUUUGUUUUUUGUUUGUUUUCUCAGUUAAUUCUUUUCUGCAUCAUGGAAGAAUAUGCAAGGGAAAUCGAGGUUGAGAAGAGUGAGAGGAUAGUGGGAAAGCCAGUCAAUUAGCAUAUAUAUGAUUUAGAGGCGCCUUGUGGAGAAGAGAUGUGGUUGGAGGACCUGCAUGAUCCAAAGUAGGUGUAUACAGAUAAGGGGUGGGCAACUAUCUGCUCAAGGUUGCGGGCUACAUUGGUCUCUGCUGGGUCAUAUUCCCCACCGCUCCAUUGUUUUUUGAACAAUUUUUUCCCAAUCACUCAACAUCCUCAGGAAAUAUGUAGGUCUGUUUUAGACCCUUUGUUCAAUAAGUAAAGUCAACAGGAAUUUGACAUCUGGUUUACAUCUUUAUUACAUAAAGACCUUUCCUGGGUGUGGAGUCUAUUUGACAAGUGGGUGUGUGCAUGGAGGCUUUUAUUCAACAAGGAUAUAUGUGUAUGCUUUGAAUUUUUUAAAAAUUGAUUGAAAAAAAUUGGAGGAAGGUAUUUUUUUAAAAAACUGUCCAGCCACCGCAGUCAGUCCACUCCAAUGUAGAUGGUGUUCCUGCCGUUGCUCUUUUACUAGUAAGCUAACAUACUUUAUUUUUUCUUCUUUCCUUAACAAUUUGGUUAGUGUUCCUACAGGAGUCUCUCCUUUAGCCAGAAAAAGUAGAACAGCCUUAAUUAUUCACUUUCUUACUGAAGACGUGAUCCUCCUCCAGGCUAAAUAGCACAGGAAGGAGGAAGAGAAGAAAGUUAUACUUGGAUCACAGUGUUGUUUUUUUCUGCAGACGGUAUUGCCUUCUAGGCUAGCAGAAAGAAAAGGCCCUACUCUUGGAAUGGCUUGUUGCCCUUAUCAGGCCUUUGCACUAUUUCUUGGAGAGGAAAAACCAUAUCUAAGUUCAGUUCAUGACAUCACCCACCUGCCCUUGGGCAAGCAUUUGUGCCCCACUGCAGAAAGUGUGAUGGUUCUUGGCUUUUCAUGGAUGUCCUGGAACAUCUAUGCAACCUGAAAUAUCCGGGUGUCUGUUUCAGUGCACUUGAGAGCCAUGUCAUCUUCCAAUUGCUGAAUGAAUCCAGUAGCAAAUAUCUCAAAAAGAAGAUACAUUUCUCAGAUGCACUGAAACAGACUCCUGGAUAUUUCAGGUUGCAUAGAUGUUGCAGGACAUCCAUGCAAAGCUAUACUGUCUGAUUUCUUAAUGUCUUCCAAAUAUUUAGCCUAUUGUGUUACAAUAGUUGUGUGGAGUUAGUUGGGAGAAACUAGUUUCUUCAAGUCUUGUUCCAUUUUUUUAAAAUAAUUGAAAAUGUUUAUCUUUUAUAUAUCCAGUAUAUCCAUACCAUUGUUAAAAUGAUGCUGGUGUGUAAUGCAGUUGCAUAAAUAGCCAAAGUUCUAAGUGAAGUUUCAGUGUUAUUGCUUUGACUAGAAGCACCUCUGGAUAAAAUAUUAGGAGGACCGUCAUGAUGUUGAAAUGUUGGUUAGAAAGGGAAGAAAAUGUUGGGAAGCCUUUUUUUUAGAGGAACAUGCUUUAGAUUUAACCACAAAUUCUACAAUAUAAGGUGUUCAGGGACUGCACGGUGGGUCAUGCUGUUUUAUGGAUUGAUUCGCUUUUAAUGGUUGGUGUAUUAUUUGUUGCCUGUCAAAACAUAAUGAAGGUCUUUCGUGAAGAAUCAGGUGUUUUUUCUAUUGUUUAGACUUCUGUGCAAAAAUAAAAAUUUGUGGCAAUUAAAAAAAACAAUUUUGAGGGAAUGUUAAAUAUUUUAAGACAUGACAAAAUUUGCUUUUUAUAAUAAUGUAAGCUGGCUUUAAACAUUGUAGCAAAUCAUGUUAAUAUGUAUGUGCAAUCAGACUUGCAAAACAGUUGUAUUUUUUUAAAUAAAUAUUUUUUAACAAAA